AUGGAUAAUGAUAAAUUUAAAUUGGCAGUAAAACUUAUAUCUUUUCUGGAACAAAUAGGCUAUCCUAAUGCUUCUUCACUACUACCAGAACAAAUAUUAUGGGCAUUUGAUCAAAGUGAGGCAUAUUCUUUAUUUGAAUGGUUAUGUGAAAAUAUCGAUGUGGAACAAAAUGUUAUUUAUAAUGAACUAAGAACCAUAAAUCAACAAAAUUUAGAAAAAUUGCGAAAAGAAAAUGAGAACAUCGAAAAUGAUAUUAAUAAUAUGAAAAAAACUCAUGAACGUGUAACAAUACAAAAAGAACAACUUGGUAAAACAUUAGAAGAUCUUGAAAAAGAAUUAGUAGAAUUGAAUAAGAUAAAUGAUGAAUUAUAUAUAGAAAAUAAAAAAGUUGAUGAAAUGAUUGAAAAGGAAUCUGUAAAGUUGGAUGUAAAUACUGUAAAUAUGAUUGAUUCAGCAAAAGAUAUAAUAUCAGAAAGACCAGGGAAAUCAAAUAAAGGCAAAUACAUUGAAAAACAGCAUAUUAAAAAAUUUUUAUAUCAAUGUGAAGAUGAAUUAAAAGAAAUAAUUGAUGCAGAUCAAACAUUAUCGCAAGAACUUGAACAAAUCCAUGAAAUCAAUCAUCUCAGAAAUUCAAUUGUUAAAGAAGAGCAUAAAAAUUAUGUAGCAAUUGCAGAAUUUGAAUACAUGAAGAAAUAUUUACAAGCGUUAGAGAGUGAAUAUAUGAAUUUAAAUUCUUUACAAUUUGAUCCAAACAUUUUAGAUUCUGUUAUCGAAGAAAAUGCAAAUAAAAAAAUAAUGAUCGAACAACAAUAUAAAAAAUUACUUUAUUCAGAGAUAGAAGAAAAGCUAAACAUUCUUGCCAAAAAAGAAAUAGAAGAACCUAUAUUAAAAGCUGGUUAUAAAAAUCAAUCGGAUAAUCAAUGUUUAUUGAUAGAAAAAUUAAAUUGGUCACUUAUGUCAGCAUCAGAUUUUAUAGAGCCUAGAUUAGAAAAAAGAAUAUUAGAAAGCAAUGAUACUAUGUUAAUGUCAAUUAAAAAAUUGGUAAACCUAGGUGAUGAUGAUGAUCCAGAUAAUCAAACAACCUUAAUUAAUAAUUUGAAAGAAAAAAUCGUAAAGAUUGAAGAUAUUAGAAACGAUGAAUUCCUUAGAAUUGAAGAAGAAUCAAAGGCACAACAAAAUUUAAGAUCGAAAAAGAAUUAG